AUUGUCCGAGAGCGUGAAAAACUGACGCGACGAGAAUCUCGGAAUAAUCAAACCAGUGAUCUAACAAUCAUAUUUCUCAUUUAAUUGUUACACAAUGUUUUAAUGAAAUACGCAGUUAACAAAGAUUCGUUAUUUUCAUAGUGAUAAGUGCACUCCAAUAAGUCAAGAUGUCAGCUCACACGGUCCCUGUGGAGUCGUUUGAUGAAUUUUAUACCGAGGUGAAGGAGAUAGAGAAGAGAGACUCGGUGUUGACACCAAAACAACAGAUCGACAGGCUACUCCGCCCUGGCUCCACAUAUUUCAAUCUGAACCCUUUUGAAGUGUUGCAGCUUGAACCUGACACAUCACUUGAUGAGAUCAAGAAGAAGUACCGUAGGCUGUCCAUCCUGGUCCAUCCAGACAAAAACAUGGAUGAUUCGGAACGGGCGCAACAGGCAUUUGAGAUAGUAAACAGAGCGUGGAAAACCCUGGAAAAUGAUGACACCAGGAAGAAGUGUUUGGAUAUCUAUCAGGAGGCUAAGGAACGCACUGAACAUAUGAUAGAACAGAAGAGGAAAAAACAGAGAAAGGAGUCUCGGCAAGCUGAGGGCAUACCCGAAGAUGAUCCUGUCAAGUUCAAACAUGCGGUUUAUGUCAUGACUAUGAAGUUGUUCGCGGACAUGGAGCGCAAGCGGCAGCAUCUGGAAACGCGCGACCAGGAGGAGCGGAAGCGGAAGCGGGAAGCGGAAAUCGAACAGGAGGAACAACUUUCCAUGGAGAAGGAGUGGGCUAAGAACUUUGAGGAAUCUCGACAAAACCGCGUGGACAGCUGGAAGACCUUCCAGUCCGGCAGCGGUGGGGAAAAGAAGAAGAAGAAGAAAAACAUGAUGAACUUCAAGCCGCCCAAGCCUAAGCCAGAGAGCAGAUAACUUCCAGCCGUAUAAUACGUUAGUUUUACUCUAGUUUUAGUGGUCGUGUGAGGUUUGAUUAGUGGACUGGUGAGAGUCAAGAAUAUUUUCGUUGUCUUGUUGUCUGGCCUAAAAAAGUGUUAAUCUCUAGCGGUCCUCGAUACAAGAAAAAUUGGCAGUCAAAUUUGAAUCAAUGGUAUUAGAAAAUAGAAUUGAAAUUGUUUUGAUAUAAAAUCGAACGAAACAAAACAAAGCAACUCUGUUCAAUUUAAUAAUGAUUCUAAUUUAAUUGGACGUAAUUUGUACUAGUAUUCUAUGGGUGGUUUAUCAAAUUUUUUUUCAUAUUAAUUAUAAUGAUACCACAUGAUACACAAAAAAUUGUGACGGAAUGAUCAGAAACAAGACAAUGAAAUUUUUUUUUUAUCCAAUUCUCGAGUAUUUUAUGAGCCCGAAUGAAGAAGAAAAAAAAUGUAUUUGAAGCUCUUCAAGGGUUUCAACCUACAACAGCAAACCAAUUCUGUUGAUAUUUUUUUAAGUUUCUACCUAUACAUAGAUAGAUGCGCUAUCAGAACGCCUCCAUUAACAAUAUUUGUUAACAUUUAUGUAUUGUAACUAUGGUUAAAAUGUAAAAAUAAGAUUGGUUCAAAAGUGACUAGAGUUUUUAGGAUAGGUUUAAAAUAAUAGAAAAAAAUUACUCAAACUUCUCUUAUUACCUUCGUACUUUUCACGAGUGUCUCAACUACCUUAUCCCAAGAGCUCGGGCCUUUUUGGAAGUCUUCACUAGGCUACGGUGACCACUUACAAGUGCCAGCAUUAUAACACCACUGUUCAAAUUGAUCAUAUAAGCUUAGCACGACCAUGUUGUUAAUGUAGAAACGUCGAUUUAAUUUAAUAUCUCAAAAGCUACUUUUGAAUUAAAAUAAAGUGAUACAAUACAAUACAAAUAUAAUUUUUCGUUUAUUUAUUUUACGAACGAAAUCUCAUGAAAUAUGUACAAUGAUGAUGACCAUUACAAAAAUGCAUAUCGUUAGGUGACAACCAAAAUGUUAUUGAAUAAAAAAACAACCUUGUUUUAUUAUGUAAACGAGAUGGCGCUGUACAGCUCCAUACAUUUUGUGGUAACUCUUGAUUGUCAAUAGUUGACGUUUGACUGACUGCAAAACAGAUCUAUUUUGGAUGUCAAACUAAGGGGCACGUUUUUUUCUUAGUCUAUUACUAUUACAAUCAAUUCUCUUUGCUAUAAGUAUAGGGUUUAAGUAUGGCUCUGAACUUGUGGUAGUAAUUUGUGAGAUUUGGUUGUCACAUUAAGAUAUAACCUUGCCUUUCACGCAAUUUUAUUAAAAAUAAACAAACUAAAGCACGCAAAAUAUGCCACAACAAAUAAAAUACAAUCUUUAUAUUAUAAUGAUUAAUUCAAUAGAUUCAGAAUUGUUUGAUUUGUUUACGUCAAGUUAAAUAGGUAUGGGCUACAAAAUAAGAAUUUUGUAAAUUUGUUACAAAAUAGUAUUGAGAUUAUAAUUUCACUGUUGGCUUCCAGGCGAAUACGUUUUAGAACGUAACUUAAAGUUAACUAUAGUGAAAUAUCCGAAUGAUCAUUUGUAGUACAAUAAUUGAUAAAAGUGCUGAAUGUCAUCACAAACAUAUCUUUAACACAUUGCUAGUAGACGGUGCAUUGGGGAAAUAUUGGAAAUACGCCAAUUUCGAAAAUUAUAAAUAUCUACUGUGCAAGUUGCAACGCUUAACAAAGUCGGUGCUCCAAGUAGACAAUUGAGGCUUUCCAAAUUAAGUUUUCGAAGUUACCCCAUUCCCCUUUUAUAGAAGUGGUAAAAAUUGACUUUCAAUUUGUAUAAGCUGGUGUCUCGCAGGCCCUACAACAAUCCUCAUAGACACUUCUUUAGCAACAGAGAGGUCAAAUCUUGGAACAAACUCCCAGAGGAUAUAGAAUCGGCUCAAAGUGUCAAUAAUUUAAGAAUAGAUUAGAUAAGCACAAAGCAAAUUCUACUCAACACUAAAAAUGUUAUUGAUGACUCUGGAUACAUGCAUUAUCAUUUUUUUCAACUGCCUGCCUGCUUUACAAAUAAUAAUAAUUUGUUUGCAUACUUAUAAAAGUCAAUUCCAAUGCAUUUUUUCGAGUCGAGUCACCGCACUGUUGUGAAACGACGCUAUACUUGUGGUUGAACAUGUUUUUUUUUUCGACAAAAGAAUAGUAAAAUUUAGUAGGGAUACUCCUGAACAGUUUCCCUAGAUUUUUACUAAACUUCAUAGAUUUUUGUUACGACUUACGACAGUAAAAAGUUAUUGUCGAAAAUGGUCACAGCCACAAGUAUGGCAUCUUUCCAUAGUGCACCAUCUGAAUCUGAAGGAUGUGUGUUUUCUCAGAUAAAAGGUACCUUACUCAUCAAUAAAACUAUUGGCAUAGUUGCAAUUGGAAAUCAUCCUCAUUGAAAAGGAAUCAAUGUCUCCUUGUACAUUUUGAAUGAGGACGUCACAUAUCUAAAAUGUUAUUGCACCUUAUUGGAAAUAUGAAUUAAUUGCCUUAUUUAACCGAGUCCUUUUAUCAGCGCUCAAUAUGUGUUGAUCACUGAAUAGUACAACAAAUUAUACAUGUUAUACAUAUUUUUAAGAUUGUAAUAUCCACAAUAACAAAGAUAAUUUGAAAUAGACCUGGAUUGUCAAAAAAAACUUUGUUUCGACAGUAAAUUUACUGCCAUCUUUCGACACACAUUUAAAACUUUUAGAACGCCAUUUGACUUUGAUCGGCGCCAUCGCUCGAAACGAUGCCGCUAUACCUUUGGCCACCAGAUGGCGCGACUUUUUGUUAUUUAACAAAUUUAACUCAAUUCAGUGAAAGAAUAAGGAUCAAAGUCAAAUGGCGUUAUAAAAGUUUUAACAAUGCGUCGAAAGAUGUCAGUAAAUUUACUGUGGCUACAAAGUUUUCUUAGACAAUCCGCCUCUAUUUCAAAUCCUCUUUGACAAUAGUAAUAGACUUAACUAAGACACUAUCGCCUUCUGAAUCAAAGCAAUACAUCGUAUGUACAUACUGUAAGAGCUAUUUAUAAUAUAGAACCCUUUUGGCUGCGUUUCGACCAGAGAUGUGCGAGGAUGCGUAGCGAUGCGAUCAGCCUGCAGCAGUUAUUCUAUGCGCACAUCUCUGGUCGAAACGCAGCCUGACACUGCGUCUUUGAUCGCUUCAAAUCCUAUAUUCUCAUAAGGCCCACGGUCCUACCCGUAGUAUGUACAGUCAGCAUCAAAAGUAGCGGAUCAAACAAGGUUUCAAAAGUAUCUACCAUUCUGUAACAGCGUAACAAAAGCUAAUGGUUCUAUAUGUAGAACAAUUUAGACUGUAAAAGAUAUACUUUUGAAAGUAAAUUUUAGAGAAUUAUCUUUAUUUGGAAAAGUUAUCCGGAAUAUCAGAUACUUUUGGCGCGUUGUUUCAUCCGCUACUAUUGAUGCUGACUGUACUAAUUACUUAAAUGUAAUUUAAACCAUUCUCAAUUGAAACAGUUGCAUUUUUUUUGUACCGUUCAAUUUCAAAAAAAAAACCUUAUUUCCUUUACUAUUGAUUUCAAAUUUAACAUGCUUUUUUUAUAUGGAGGGCCUUAGGAGGUACAGGGAAAUUUCACACGGACGUUGUGUGUUUGCUUAGCUCAGAAUGAAUAUGUGAUAAUUUUAAUUUACAAUUAGAUGUUAUUUCCCAAUGGCCACCAGGCGAGCGCCAUAGUCACACAGCCAUCAGCUUUUGAGAAACACGCAGUGUGGAAGGGUUCUUAGUUAUUGUUAACCAAAACGUAAAGAAUAUACAGUUGCCCGCUUUGGGAUCAUUUCAGUUUAUGUGAAGUGUAGUUCAAAUUGCUGUAUAUACAUUCUGAUUGAAA